CUUUCCUCCCCUUCCAUCUCUUCCAAAUCUCCGGUACUCUAAUAUCUAUCCACCUCCCGUCUGUAGCGCUACAUAUCGUCAUCCUUUAGAGUCCCGAUUUCCAUCGUUUUGUCCGUCGUUCUCCCAACCCGCAACCAUGACUGACAUCACCGGGCAUGGGGAGGAUAUCCAUCAGCCUCCCGAUCAUAUCCCCCCAGCACCCAUGGAGGACUAUCAACUCCCCGAACUCCGCCUGAAGCGCAAGAUGGAUGAUCCGGAAAAGACCCCGUUACUACUGGUAGCUUGCGGUUCUUUCUCGCCCAUCACCUACCUGCACCUGCGUAUGUUCGAAAUGGCAGCCGAUUACGUCAAAUUCAGCACGAACUUUGAGAUCGUCGGCGGGUAUCUCUCUCCGGUGUCGGAUGCCUAUCGCAAGGCGGGUUUGGCCGCUGCAGAGCAUCGAGUCGCCAUGUGCCAACUUGCAGUAGACCAAACCUCCGACUGGUUAAUGGUAGAUACAUGGGAACCGAUGCAGAAGGCGUAUCAGCCAACCGCCGUUGUGCUCGAUCAUUUCGAUUAUGAGAUCAACACUGUCAGAGAAGGAAUUGAAGCCGCAGACGGAACACGCAAGCAAGUGCGUAUCGCUCUUCUGGCAGGAGCUGAUCUGAUUCAUACCAUGUCAACACCGGGAGUAUGGAGUCAAAAGGAUUUGGACCACAUACUUGGCAAAUACGGUUCUUUCAUUGUCGAGCGUAGCGGAACAGACAUUGAUGAAGCACUUGCUGCGCUGCAGCCUUGGAAAGACAAUAUUCAUGUGAUUCAACAGCUUAUUCAGAAUGAUGUCAGCAGCACCAAAAUCCGUCUCUUCCUCAGACGUGAGAUGAGCGUCCGCUAUCUGAUUCCUGUGCCGGUCAUCCGUUAUAUUGAGCAGCAUCGUCUGUAUGAGGACGAUAGCACAACAGCUAAUUCUACGACCGACAAAGGCAAGGGACAGCCGGAGCCUAGCACGUCGGGUUGAGAUUUUCAGGCCUCGCAACCGGGCUGGCUCCGUUAGCUACGCUUUUGAAUACGGAUCAGCCGCAUCUUACCGUCACGGGAGAAGAAAGCUGGACUGCUGAGAGCUUGGCACGCUACGAAAAACUGCCUCGUUCUUUACUUUGGGGUUUAAAAUGCAGCCACGAACUACCUAUACACGUGUUUACCGACUCGUUGCCCACAGGUGCUACUUUCCACCUCGUGUCGCUUCUAGCAGUCUAUCGGAUAACUUUAGGGCGCUAUCACCUAGGCAUUUACUUUCUAGUAAGGCAAAUAUGCUUGUGAAGCCUCGUGUCUGUGCCUAAGCGAACCGCUUCUCUUCACUUCAUGCAGCUGCGGCUUUGCCUUUGAAACGUCCCUCUCCUUAAUUUUGGCCGCAUCCGGAUCUUCCCCUGGAAGUGUCACGAAUAAUGUGCUGAAGAUACCAUAGAGUUAAUGUUCGUCAUUGACUUUGCUUUGUACUGCUUGUUUUCAUUUUUUGGUUUUCGUUUGUAUUUUUCAUUUUCUAUACCCCUGACACGACACCUGUAUUGAUAAAUCUUAGAUAGAUCAUGGUAGAUCUAGUUCUCAAGAAUGAGUGAAGACCACUUU